AUGCCCCCCAAGAAGAAAGCACAGAAGCAGCUCCAGCAGCAGCUCCAGCGCGCCCAGCAGCAGCAGCGGGGAGGCGGCCAGCGUCGCGGCCCCGCCGACGACGACGAGGGGUCGUGCCCCCACGCCUCCCAGGCCUCGGCGGCCCACGUGGAGCGGAUCCUGGCUGGCUCCUCUGCCGCGCCUGCCUGCCAGGUGUGCGCCAAGGGCACGCGGGUGGGCAACAAGAAGGGCGCAGGACACAAGAAGGCCGCCACGCGAAGCGCCGGCAAGCCCGAGGUGUGGCUGUGUCUGCGGUGCGGGCUGGUGAGCUGCGGGCGGUACGACGAGGCCCACGCCCUCGGCCACUUUGAGAUGACCCACCACCCGCUCGCCCUCAGCCUCACCCACCUCAACGCCUGGUGCUACGAAUGCGACCAGGAGGUGCCGAUGACCGCGUCCAAGGCUGUGAAGGAGUGCGUGCGGGCCGCCAGGCGUGCCCUCCUCGGAGAGACCCACGAAAGCAACAGCAGCAGCGAUGACGAUGCCGACGGCUACAACGACGACGACGACGAGGCCGAGGGCCAACACAAAUCCAAGCACUCGGGCGCCGCCAUCAGCGCUGCCGAGACGGAGAGCUGGCUGGUGAAGGACAAGAAGCGGAACCGGGGCCUGGUCGAGGAGACCAACCCGGCCAUCGACUCGGCGGGCACGGGCCUCAAGGGCCUCAAGAACCUCGGCAACACCUGCUUCUUCAACUCCAUCAUGCAGUGCCUGACCCACACGCCGGCGCUGCGGGAGUACUUGAGCACCGGUCGAUUCCCCUCCGCCCGCACGGAUCGCCGCCGCGGCGGCAGCGACGACGAUGAGGAAGAGGCCGCGGAGCUGUCGGUCGUGGAAGCCAUCGCCCUCCACGCCCCGCCCAGUGAAGGACCCAUCACGCAAGCGCUGCGGGGGUUCAUGGCGGCCAUGUGGGCUCCCAAGGGCGCCUGCGUCAACCCGCAGACCCUCUUCUCCGCCAUCGCCUCCAAGGCGGUGCAGUUCCGUAGCUAUCGGCAGCAGGACGCGCAGGAGCUGCUGCGGUACCUCCUGGACGGGGUGCGCACCGAGGAGAUCGCCCGCCUCGCCCCGCCCCCGCGGGCCGGCAAGGCCGAGCCGCAGCAGCAGCAGGCCAGGCAGCAGAAGGCGGCAGCGACGAGGCCCCGCGAGUCGCCGCAGGCCGCCGCCGGCCCCACCACCACCGCGAAGCCCGGCCCGCCGCCGCCGACCUUCAUCGACGUUCUGUUCGGGGGCGUUCUAGAGAGCACCGUCACCUGCCACGCCUGCCACUCCGUGAGCAAAACGAGGGAGCCGUUCCUGGAUCUGUCGGUGCCGCUGCCCGCCGAGUGCUACCCGGAUAAGCGCCGCCAAAAGGGCGGCGGCGGAGGAGGAGGCCUACGCAACCACCUCGCCGCCGCUGGCGCCAAGGUGCUGGCCAUGUCCGGUGGGGUGGCCUAUCAGAAGAAGAAGCACGAGCCCAAGCCCCUCUCCUCCAAGCAACUGAAGCAAAAGGCCAAGUUCGAGCGGGCCAAGAAGCGGCGCGAGGAGAAGCUCCGCCAGUCCAAGGCCCUGCGCGAUGCCACCGCCGCCGCCACGGCCGAUGCCGUCGACGGACCACCGACGGACAACGCGUCCGCCGCUCUCCCCACGGACUCGGCCUCCGUGCAGCCGCCCUCGUUGGAUGCGCCGCCGCAGCCCGCGGUGGAGGAGGGUCCAUCGUCGCCGCCCACCGGCGACCUCCACUCCGUUGCGCAGGAGGAGGAGGAGGAGGAGGAGGUGCCGGCGGCGGCGGCGGGUUCGUCCGCAUCAUCGGGGGCGACCUCCGGGCAGCCGGCCCCGGACGCGGCAUGCCCUCCGUCGAGCAAUGGGCACGCGGAGCAGCACGAGCAGAACAAAACGGAGGAGCGCGAAGACGUCGGCAGCGGCGCAGCGGGCGCCACCGCCACCGCCACUACCGAUGAGGCCGCGGCGGGAGCAGAUACGGAGGAGGAGGCGGAGGGGCGACGAGAGCUGGACCAGCCCACGAGCGAGCACGAGCCAUCCCUCGGGCCGACCGAUGAGCCUGUGCCGCCCACGGCAGACAUGGACGGCGGCGGCGGUGCUGGUGAGGGGCAAAGUGCACAGCCUAUCGCUGCCGCAGCUGCUGCUGGUGGUGGUGCUGGUGGUGCUGGUGCCGAGAGCGGGGCAGCGGGAGAGGUGGCGCCGGAGGGGAAGGAGCGGGAGUGGGACGGGCGGGACGCGGCUGCGGUGGAGCGGUGGGUGACGCCGGAGAUGCUGCGCGAGGUGACCCUCUACCGAUGCCUCUACGACUUCACGCAGCCGGAAGUCCUCGAGGGCGCCGACGGCUACCGCUGCCCCGAGUGCACCCGCCGCCGCCGCCAGGCCGCCCAGCAGAGCAAUGGCGCUGACGACCACCACCACCACGACGACGACAGCGGUGAAGAAGAAAGCCACGACGAAGACGGGAGCGAUGAAGGGGGCAAGGGCAAGGGCAAGGGCAAGGGCAAGGAGGAGAUGGUGGUCUCGCGGGCCACCAAGCAGCUGCUGAUCCAUCAGCUGCCCCCCAUCCUCACCAUCCACGUGAAGCGCUUCCGCCAAACUGCGCAUGGCGGGCUGUCAAAGGCGGGGGAGCACGCCAAGUUCCCGCUCGUCUUGUCGAUGGCGCCUUUCGUGGUGCCCCAGCAGCAGGAGGAGCAGCAGUACGUGUAUCGGCUGUACGGGCUGUCGGUGCACCAGGGCGGCAUCGGGGGCGGGCACUACAUCGCGCGCGUGUACGCCCACACGCAGCGCCGCUGGUACCACUACAGCGACUCCAGCGGCCGCGAGGUCUCCCUCAACGAAGUCCUCGGCUCGGAGGCCUACGUCCUCUUCUACGAGCGCGUCCCUGCCGCCCACGCGGCCACCACCGACUCCCCUUCGCCCUGA